ACAUCAGCUUCAUCAGUAAAGGAAAGUUUCCUCAGAUUGUGGCUUUUGGAUGAAGAGAAAUACAUCAGACUGUCAGAAUUGUCAAUGGAUUCUUCAUUUCAUAAAGGUUUUAUAAGAGCACUGUCUAUCAUCUCUGUUAUGCUGAAUAUCUUAACACUUAGUUUGGCCUUUACAACUGUCACACCAGAGACGACUACAAAUGAUUCAAACAUUACCAGCACAUUCCUUAUCUACAACAAGGACCACAACAAAUGUGUGUAUGCCGUGAAUGCCACUAAAUUGCAGGCUGAACAAUGCAACGCAUUUUCUGAAGCUCAGCAUUUCCGAUGGAUUUCCUCUUCACAAAUCAUCAGCCUCAAUUUUAGUCUCUGCUUGGGGGCCGAGGAGAUCAAAGACUGGGUCAAAAUUAUCCUUCUGCCCUGCAAUGAAUUUAACCCCAGACAAACCUGGGAAUGUAAAAAUGAGACCUUAUUUGGAUUAAAGGGCCAGUCAUUGCACUUGAAUUAUGGAAAUAAUGGUGAGCCAAAUGUGAUGUUGUAUUCAGGAACAGGUGUUUGGAGUCACUGGCUGAUUUAUGGGACCGACAACAAUUUAUGUUCUCUCCGAUAUCAAGAUUCUCCUGAUGUAUGGAGCCAAACUAAUACUACUAAUUCAGUGACAAAUUCUCCUGAUGUAUGGAGCCAAACGAAUACUACUAAUUCAGUGACAAAUUCUCCUGAUGUAUGGAGCCAAACUAAUACUACUAAUUCAGUGACAAAUUCUCCUGAUGUAUGGAGCCAAACUAAUACUACUAAUUCAGUGACAAGUAUAAAUAUAAUGCUGCAGGAAGGAUGCUUCAGUCAGACUUCUGGAGGAUGUUUUCAAAAUCUUCUUGAUCAGAUCGAGAACAUUACAGCUCAAGUGCUUCCUUUGGAUACUGUGACCAACAUUUUGACUAUGGUCUUCAACACUUCAGAGAAGAUAUUAGAGUCAUCAUCAUCAUCAUCAUCGGGCAACCCAGCUGAAUUAGUCUUUUAUGGAAACCAUGCGUUAAAAACCAGCGAGAAACUCAUCUCUACAUUGGUGAAGGCAACAGACACAAAUGAUAGUGUCAGUUUUACUCUUGCCUCUGUAGAGGUUGAAGUCUUCAUGGUUGGACCAAAUGUCACCUUAGAUAAAAUCCCUCGACUUGACACGACAAAUUCUUCUGUGGACAUUGAUCUCAUUGGGAUUGCCAAGAACAACAAUGAAACAAGAUCAGCUGCUGUGGCUUUCAUGAGCUUCAACACAAUGGAGAAUCUACUGAAGCCCGACUUCUUCAACACAUCAGAUGACACGAUUAAAACCAUGAUGUCCACCGUGAUCUCAGCUACUCUUCCCAAAACCACCAACACUAAACUAACCAAACCAGUCAACUUCACCCUCAUACACAUCAGAGAGUUCGACCCCAGCGGUUCUCUGUCCUGUGUGUACUGGAAUAUCAGCGAGUGGAUUGUAGAUGGUUGUUCUGUUUUAGAGACCAACAGCAGCUACACUGUGUGUUCCUGUGUUCAUCUGUCGACAUUUGCUCUCAUCAUGCAAACCAGCAGACCACCAGAGAGCAACUCACUGCUGGAUGUGUUGAAUUUGGUGUGUGUGAUCGUGGGGCUGGUGUUCUUCAGUUUGGACCUGUUGACCUUUGCCCUUUGUCAGUGGAGUCCUGGAGUGAAUAAUGUGGCUCGAAUCAACAUCUGCAUCAGUCUUCUGCUGGCUCACCUUCUGUUCCUGCUCACACAACAGUUCCUGAGACUCAUACGCCAUCAUCAGGUGUUGUGUGCCGCGAUAUCAGGUGUGCUGCACUUCCUCUUUCUCUCUGGCUUUGUGUGGAUGUUCAUUGAAGCUGUGCUGCUCUUCAUCUGUGUGAAGAACCUAUCACAGAUCAGUUCCAAAAAGAGGGAGGUGCUUAGCAGUCGAUACCUGUGUGUGAUUGGAUAUAUGGUUGCUCUGGUUGUAGUGGGCGUGUCUGUUGGGCUGCUUCCUGAAGGCUACGGCAGCGAACACUGCUGGAUUAAAAUGGAUAAAGGUUUUAUCUGGAGUUUUCUGGGUCCUGUUUGUGUCAUACUAGCAUUGAACAUUAUUCUCUUCAUCAACAUCUUCAUCAAUCUGAACUCAACUCUCAAAAAUCUGAACGCUGAAGUUUCACAGAUGAAACAAACCAAGAUUAUGGUAUUUAAAACACUGGCUCAGUUUGUGGUUCUUGGUUGCUCCUGGAUUCUGGGUUUCUUCACUAAUGGCAGGAAGGAGCUGGAGAUCCUCUUCCUGAUCUUGAACUCCCAGCAGGGAACCUUCAUCUUCCUGGUCUAUUGUGUCCUCAAUAAUGAGAUCAGGCAGCAGUACAAGAAGUUCUUCAGAUGUCUUUGCCCUGGACUCAAACAACACUGAGGACAACAGCAUCAUCUUCAGGAAAUAAAAAGUCCCUAUGUUUAACCAAUGUUUUUGGAUGUUAAAUGUCAUAGUCUCCGCUUCUUUCUGCAAAUGAUAGAAAAAUGUGUUUUGCAAGUUUAUUAAAGGUCCCAUGGCAUGAAAAUUUCACUUUAUGAGGUUUAACAUUAAUAUGAGUUCCCCUAGCCUGCAUAUGGGCCCCCAGUGGCUAGAAAAGGCGAUGGGUGUAAACCGAGCCCUGGGUAAAUUGAGAAAAUGAAAGCUCAGACAUCUGGAAUCUUCCUUAUAUGUCGUCAUAUGGGGAAAGGGUACCUCCUCUUUCUCUGCUUUGCCCGGCCAUGAGAAAAUGAGCUACUAUCGUGAGAUUCGAGCGCAAUAUUUUUUUUUUUCCCCUUGAGACACAUCAUGCCUUGUAAACGAGCGAAGCAUGGCAGUUGCUCAGUGUCUGGAUGAACACCUUAGUAUUUUUUUAGUUCCUUCAUCCGAGCCUAUGAAUAAACAGUGGGUUCAUUUUAUUUUCUCUGGUAAUGCGGCGUUACAACUUUCCAAAGUUUUUUUAUGUCUGUGCCACACAUUUCACCGACAACUGUUUCCUUAACAUGGGCCAAUACAGCCCAGUUACUGUCGCUAAUGUAAAGGUAGACAGCAUCAAGUGUGUGUGUGAAUACACACACUGUAACGCGAAUGUUGAACAUUUCUUUGUUGUUCGGAUAACCGUUCUGCUGUUGGCGCACACAAUAUCCACAUUUCCAGAUUGCAGAGCUUGAUGUAAUUGUAAGAAGAUCGUAAAAACUUUUAAGAUUUAUGAAAUAUAAAAUAUUUAAACAAAUAAAUGAUGUUGGCAUGGUAGCACAUUUUCUACAACGGCACCUAUCCGAAAAGGUAUUUGUAAUAAUGGCAGAGGUCUGACUAAUUUAGUGGCGCUGGUUAGUGUCUAUAGCUGAUUAUAUAUAUAUAUAUACACGAUAGCAAAUCAGAGGCUAGCAUUAGCUACGUGAUAACUGUAACAGCAUACAUAAACCAACUAAAGUACUGUAUCCAGACACAAUGUUUUAAACUAACCAUUCAGAGACAUCCUGCUGUAGCCGCUGAGGUGCAACUUCUUCAUCCGGUGCUUCUCCAUCUGGAUCAAAUUCUGGGUCAAACAAAAACGCUUGAACGACUGCGUGUCUGGUGUCUACGAGCCAUUGCGAUACAUCCACUGUCAACAUUAGCGCAUGCUACAGUGGCCGCAAGCUGGUUAAGGCCACACCCACCCUCCACCUUGCCCCGCCUCUCUCCUCCUCAUUAGCAUUUAAAACUACAGACCCAGAAACGGCACGUCCUGAGGAAAGCUCGUUGUGGGACUGGCUUGUAGUGGCUGAAAUUCUGCACCAAGGCUGAAUUUCGUGAAAAAGACUUACAGUACUAGGGACCGCUUAGGCCUAUAUAAAAGCAUUCAAAAAGUAGUAUGUCAUGGGACCUUUAAUAUUACAGCAGUCAAUCCUAUUGAGGUAAAGCUCAUUAUCUCUAUAUUAUUUAAUCUUUAAUCACUCAAGAUUUUCUUGGUGGAGGGCAAAAAUAUGUCUACAGACUCUUAAAAAAAUCUAACUCUAAUAGUUUUUGUUUACUUAAUAUAAAAGCUGAAUAUGGAAAUGAAAAUGCUUUCAAAUAAUAAUAAUAAAAAAAUGCCUAUGUGGUAAAGUGAAUUAUUAAAUGACUUUACAUUGUAUAGGAUCAUAAGCCGAUUUUCCACCAUCGGGCCAAACUGUACUCAUUGCUUAACCGUUCCAGUCCGUGUCGUUCCAGCCCAGCUGGUAUGGACAUGGUUUUAUUUUCCACUGUGAGACUGAUAACGGAGCUGUUUGAAAUGUAAUAAAAACACAUCAGUUGUUUCCUUCCCAGUUAACACAUGAGAUCAUGCAAUGAUCACAGUGAC